AAGAGGAGAGGACAGAGAAGUGGGAUGGCGUCAUCGGAUAUUGGGCUCGCCGGCGAGCUGGUCGGAGGAGGAACGGAAGGGGAGAAGACCGCAGCGGAGAUGUCCGCGAUCAUGGAGCGGAUCCGGUUGGAGGACGAGGAGAGCAGGGUCCAGGCAGCGGGGGAGAUCCGGCGGCUGACGAAGACGUCGUCUAAGCACCGGAGGCAGCUCUCCGACGCCAUCGAGCCGCUCGUCUCGUUGCUCCGGUCGGGCGGCCCUGAGUCCGGCGAGGCCGCCAUCCUCGCCCUCCUGAAUCUCGCCGUCGGGGACGAAAGGAACAAAAUCAAGAUAGUGGAAGCUGGCGCACUCCAAUCACUCCUACAUCUCUUGCAAUCCACAAAUUCCAGCUUACAGGAGUAUGCCACUGCAGCUGUCCUGACUCUCUCUGCUUCGCCCAUCAACAAGCCUCGAAUCAGUGCCUCUGAUGCCAUCCCCCUCCUUGUCAAAAUCCUUGGAGAUGGGAAUCCACAAGCCAAGAAUGAUGCUGUCAGGGCUCUUUACAAUCUUUCAGCGAUCGCAGAAAACCUGAAGGUUAUCCUUCCACUCCAACCUGUUCCGUCUUUGAUAAAUCUGCUGAAGACCUCCAAAAAGUCAUCCCGAACAGCCGAAAAGUGCAGCGCCCUCUUGGAAUCACUGGUGAACUUCGAGGAGGGAAGGACUGCUUUGACAGACGCAGAAGGCGGAGUGCUGACGGUGAUACAAGUACUCGAAGAAGGGUCUCUCCGAAGUAGAGAGCAUGCCGUAGGAACCCUCCUGACAAUGUGCGAGAGUGAUCAGUACUGUAGAUAUAGAGAACUUGUGCUUAACGAGGGUGUCAUUCCUGGUCUUCUACAGCUCACUGUUCAGGGAACUCCCAAGUCUCAAGUGAAAGCUCGUAUGCUGCUUCAGCUACUACGAAGCUCUCGCCAUCACAAGUCUGAGCUACCAGCAGACACUAUUGAUAGCAGUGUUUGUAGCAUCGUCUCCAAAAUUGAUAGCGCUGAUCAGACAAGGAAGGCAAAGAAGAUGUUGGCUGAGAUGGUGCAGAUCAGCAUGGAGAUGAGCUUGAGACAUUUACAACAGAGGGCAUCCAUAUGAACUCGAAAUGUGUAUUAGUAUUUUUAGGAGUUGUAAUUGUAUUCGAAUUAAUUGAGAGAGUUUUAAUUAAAUUCUAACUUCUUAAUAAAUUAAGCUUCGUGUCAAUAAAUAUAUAUUGA